AUGGUGGACCCCGUUCCUGAAGAGAAGACGGAAGCAGAGCUCGGAGACUCAGGAGGAGACGGAGCCGCUGCGUCGGUGCCCCCUGACGCCCAGGGCGCCCAGGAGCCUGCGGCCUCCUCGGCCUCAGCGGCGGUGCCCCGCAAGGCAGACGUCCCAUGCGUGGCAGAAGGCGGGCGGCGGGAGCAAUCUCCGCUGUUGCACCUCGACCUAUUCAACUUCGACUGUCCGGAGGCCGAGGGCAGCCGCUACGUGCUGACCAGUCCUCGCUCCCUAGAGGCUUGUGCCCGGUGUGCCGUCAAGCCGGUGGAGCUGCUUCCACGGGCCUUGGCCGACCUGGUGCGAGAAGCCCCGGGCCACUCCAUGCGCGUGGCCACAGGCCUCUACGAGGCGUAUGAGGCGGAGCGGCGCGCCAAGCUGCAGCAGUGCCGUGCGGAGCGCGAGCGCAUCGUGCGUGAGGAGAAGCGGCGUCUCUUCACGCCGCUGGGCGCGGCCCCGAGCGCGGCCCCGAGCGCGGGCAGCAGCAGCAGCUGCAGCAGCGCCAGCCUUCCGGCCUCUCCCGCGCCCCGCGCGGCCCGAAAAGCCUCUCCCAGCCUCUCCCCGGCCAGGACCCAACCUCCGCCCGCGGGCUCGCGGACAGGUAGGAAAAGCCACUCGCUGGAUUCGCUAUCUCGCCGACGCGAGGGCGCCCUCAGCUCCGAAUCCGGCGCGUCGUCGUCAUCUUUCAGCGGAGAGAGCCUGCGGGAACUGCGCUGGCCGCCGCGACCCUCGGCCAGGCAUAGCUACCCGGCGGGGUCGGCGUCCUCCGCUCCCAACCCUCUGGGCCGUCCCUCCGCCCUGGCCUUGGUUCCAAUCACCGGCCGCAGCUUCAGCCUGGGCGACUUGAGCCACUCGCCGCAGACGGCCCAGCACGUGGAGCGCAUCGUGCGGCAAGUGCGUGCCGAGCGGGGCCUACGCGGGGUGCCCGAGCGUGACCGGAAGAUCGCUGCGCUCAUGCUGGCGCGGUACCAGGAGGAGCGCCUGUUGCUGGAGCAGCGCGUCGCAGCCCACGGUCAGUGGGAGCAGCAGCGCGUGCGCGCAGAGCAGCGGCGCGAGAACGAGGAGCGCGAGAAACAGCGCUCCUUGGAGUUGGGUCGCCGGGCCUGGGCUGCGCAGGUGGAGGAGCGGCGGGGUCGCCGGGGCCGCGAGGAGCGUGAGGCGGCACGGCGGCGGCAGCGACAGUGCGAGCGCAGCGAGGAGCGGCGGCGGGAGCUAGCCGAGCAACAGGGCCUGCUGCGGCGGGAGCGGGCGGAUCGCGCGGCCCGGGAAGACCGGCUUCGUAAGCUGCAGCAGGAGCAGAACCUGAAGAAGCGGGAAGAGGGCCUGCAAGAGGGGCGCGAGCGGGCGGAGCAGGUCCGCAGGGAGCGCGCCCAGCGGGCAGCCCGCACCAAGCAGCGGCAGGAGGACCAGCUGCAGCGGGAGAAACGGGAGCUAAGCCGGGCUGAGCGUGCGCGCCACGAGGCGCUGCUGCAGUGCCGGGCCCAACAGGAGAACAAGGAGCGGGAGGGCCUGCGGAGCUCCCUGGCGGCCAGCUUGGGCCGCGCACAGGAGAACUAUGAGCAGUUGGUGGAGCAGCGCACCCGGGAACUGCGGGAGCGGGCACGCCGGGAGGAACUGCAGAGCCGGCGGGCCAAAGAAGCGGCCGAGCGCAAAGAGAGGGAGCACCAGGCCCACCUGGAGGCUCUGGCCCGGGCCGGAGAGCGGCGGCUGCAGCACGCGGCGCAGGCGGCCGAAGAGGCGGUUCAACAGAAAGCGAGGCGCGUGGUCCAGAGCCGGCUGGAGAAGGAGCGGGCCCAGCGCGCCAACAAGGAGAAGGUGGACAGGGACGAAGACUGCCGCCGGCGGGAGCUGCUCCAGGCUAUCGGGCGUAAGCUGGAGCGCAGCGAGCAGCUCUCGCGGGAGCGGCGCAGCGCACUGGAGAGCGCCCGCUCCACCGCCCGCGCCUCCUUCCACGUUCGCGAGAAGGUACGGGAGGAGACCAACACGCGCUCCUUCGACCGGAUGGUGCGGGAGGCCCAGCUACACGCUAGCCUGGACCGCAAAUGA